AUGUUCGUCGUCACCAAUGCCCAAACUAUCGACCUUGGAACUGCGGCGGGCUUUGCGGUCCUGGGUGCAUCAACCGUGACAAAUUCUGACCCAUCUGUCCUCAAUGGCGACCUAGGGGUUUUCCCUGGUACCGCCAUCACUGGCUUCCCACCAGGAGUUGUCAAUGGCGCGACAUACACCGGAGGGGUUGCCCAGAUAGCCCAGGACGAUGCACUUACCGCGUAUAAUGUGGCCGCAGGCGUUGCGUAUUCGGCAGGAAACGACCUAACUGGCCAGGAUCUCGGCGGGAAAACCCUUGUCCCUGGCGUCUACCACUAUGACAGUUCAGCCGGCCUCACCGGCGCCUUGACCCUCGAUGGCAAUGGCGACCCCAACAGCGUUUUCGUCUUCCAGAUCGGGUCCACUCUUAUCACUGGCACAAAUGCCGUCGUGGCUUUGACUAAUGGCGCUCAGGCAUGCAACGUCUUCUGGCAGGUUGGAAGUUCGGCCACUAUAGACACUGCCACUCUGCGCCAAUCCAAUCAAUCCAACCGCCACGACGACGACAUCAACCACGACUCUCGCAACUACCACAUCCACAUCAUUAGCUACCACCACAACGGCCGUGGAAACUACUACGACGACAACUGCUUUGGCUACCACCACGACGACGGCGUUGGAGACUACGACGACGACAACUGCCUUAGCUACUACUACAGCGGCCGUGGAGACUACGACGACAACAACUGCCUUAGCUACUACUACAGCGGCCGUGGAGACUACGACGACAACAACUGCCUUAGCCACUACUACAACGGCCGUGGAGACUACGGCGACGACAACUGCCUUAGCCACCACCACGACGGCCGUGGAGACCACGACGACGACAACUGCCUUAGCCACCACUACGACGGCCUUGGAGACCACGACGACGACAACUGCCUUAGCCACCACCACCACAGCAUUGGAAACCACUACAACUCUCCUGACUACGACAACAACGGCCUUGGAAACUACGACGACCCUAUUAACUACUACCACAACCUCUUUGGCUACAACGACGACGUUCUUAACUACUACUACAGUUGCCACUACGACGACCGCCUUUACAGCCUCAUCUUCUACGACAUCUUCUACGACCUCUUCUACGACCUCUUCUAUAUCUUUCACAACCUCCUCUACAACCUCGUCUUUAACCUCUUCCUCUACGACGUCUUCUACAUCCGCCACUUUCACGACCUCUGCCUCUACGGCCUCCACGACUGCCUCUACGUCGGUCACUUCUACAAUCGGUUCUUCUACAACUUCCUCCACGACUUCCUCUACGACCUCUUCUUCUACAACGGCCACUACCACGACUUCAUCUUCACAUACUACGGCCGCAUCAACUACUUCGUAUGGUACGAUCUUUUCCACGGCAUCGAUUUCAACCACAGAAACUUACGUCACUUAUACUUGGGGAGAGUGGACCUGGAGCCAAACAUAUAA